AUGCCAUUAUUUAUAACAAUCCCAUCAUCAAAUAAUAAAAAGAUUGGUGUACCUUUUAAACCAAGUCAAACGGUUCAAGAACUGAUCAAAGAGGUGAUUAAAAGAGCAUCAUUGGUAUUGGAUGACUAUACACUUGAAUACAAUGCAAGUGAACUGUAUGAAGAAGAUACAUUGGAAGAUUUAGGUAUCAAAGAUGGUAUUGCUUUGUUUUUAAGAUCAAAGAAUGACAGUACUAGUGUCAUUGCUCCUACUCCUACUGUUGUACCCGAUCCUAUAACUCCAUCAACUACUUCAUCUACAACUACAACUACUUCAACUGACCCAAAUAAUAAUAAUAAUAAUAUUGGUAAUCUUGGAAACCUUCAAAUUAAUGAUACAACCUCUGCUGGAUCUCCUCCACCACCACUUUCACAAGUUGAUGAUGGUAUUAGACAAUUAGAUGUAAUUGUAUUAGAUUUAAGUGGAUCUAUGCAACAACCAGCAUAUAUUGGAUCAAGAGUACCAGGAGAAUUGGAGAUGACUAGAAUUGAAGCUGCUCAAGCCACCUUUCAAACAUUUAUCGAUCGGUUCGUGUCGUAUCGUUAUCCAGUCGCCGUAGGGUUGGUUUGUUUUGGUCAAAAGAUUGAAGCGACGUUCCCCAUCUCAUCCAACUUUGACUCAUUCUCAAAUGAGUUGGGAGAGGUCGAAGCACACCAGAGUCAGACACGUUUGUGGGAAGCCAUCAAGAGAGCCGCCGAGGUGAUUGUAGAGUUUAAGAAAUCACCUACUCUCAAACUCGCACCCAAUGUUAGAUCACGUAUCUUUUGUUUGACCGAUGGUGAAGACAAUGGUUCUACACCUGUCUUUACAGUGUUUGAUUAUCUCCGUACACAUGGUAUCAUCCUCGACUCUAUUCCAAUUGGUCAGCAGGGUCGUGCUACUUUAUCGGCCUUUUCCAAGGCUACCGGUGGCACAUGUUUUGUCGCCAACUCUUCCAUCGAGUGUGUCCAGUUGUUUGAACGUGAAGCAUUGUUGAUGCUCGAGCAUCGUGACCAUUCGCCAUUUGCUAUCGAUGUCCCCAACUCGGCUGCAUUCCACGCACUCGCAGGCUCCUACACACAAGAUGUCACGUCCAAGGUCAGCGUCAAGUUGGCACCGACCACCAAGUGCUCGUCGACCGUCACAACCGCCCAAAAGACACAGGCAGCCACUGGAGGCAGCCACUUUAAACGUAUCAUGCAAGAAUAUGUCAAGUUUAAACAAGAUAUGGAUGAGUCCCAAGACCCACCCUACCACCUCUUUGUCAAUCCCAACGACAUGCAAGUAUGGAAGGUCAUUAUGAAGGGUCCAGCCGCCACACCCUAUGAAGGUGGUCAUUUCAUCCUCUCGGUCGAGUUCCCAGACGACUAUCCAUUCAGACCACCCAAAGUCCGUUUCAUCAACAAGAUCUACCAUUGCAACGUCUCUAACGACGGUGCACUCUGUCUCGAUAUUCUCAAAGACCAGUGGUCGCCCGCCCUCACCAUCAAGAAUGUUUUUGUCUCUAUCUCUGCCCUCUUGUCCUGUCCCAAUCCCGACGACCCACUAGAUGCCGUCAAAGCCGGUGUCUACCGUGACGACAAGGUUGUCUACAACCGCAAUGCCAGAGAAUGGACCAAUACUCAUGCCGGUCAAACUUUAAUUGAAUUAAUGCAAGCUAAUUCUUUGGCUUAA